AUAACCAUCUACUAAUUAAGUGAUUGAAAAACAUUAACAGUGAUAAUUUGUAUCUACAAGAAAGUGGCGGUAUCUUAUAUUAUUUUGAAAUAAGUAGUCGAUUCCGAAUCUUCCUCAGUCUGACGCCUGAUGAAGUGUUGGUGUAUCAAUUUGAAACGCUCUUUGUAAAAUUAUUUCAGGAUUAUUAGUUCUGGAAUUUCAAUUAACAUGUGAUUAAAUUUAUGCCCAUUCCUAGGUAGCUCACAGAUACGGUAAGAGAAAUUUUCUAUUCCUCAGACCUUUUGUGAUAAGUGAUUUGCUUCGAGAAAGUUGAGCGCCGAUUCGGCAUUGGUAAUGCUGGUGGCAUUCUGUUUUGGUGAUGUGCAUGUGUGCCGCAGUUUUAUUCAUGUCAUGAGGGUUAGUAUUGCAGUAAAAGAACGUGCAAGCGUGUUACUCAGGCGUUCAUCCAGAGGACUUCUUGAGUGUAAACUUUUAGGUGAGAAGAUCUAAAUUACCAUCUGCAGCACCUAAUAAAUAGCGAGCACAAGUCUAGGCAGAAGCAGACUCGCCCAUACGUGCCAGAGAAUGUGCCUUAACGGUGCCGCUAAGCUGAUGUUACUCGAGAUAAACUGCUUUCCGGAAUGUAUGACUGCGUCUCAUUCAUGAUCCUCAUUGACAUAACUGAAUUAGAAAACUAAGUGCCAAUUGUGAGAGUUACUGUCCGUUUUUGUGUCGAGCAACAACGGAGAAGAUAGGCACAUUUGAAAAGCAGUUGGUCACGAACCUUGUCUAUUCAAAAAAGUAUCAGGCUUUGGCAACGCUCUGGCCUCUAAUGCAAAAACAAAAGUAGUGAAACAGCGCAGCUGUUGCAAACAAAUAUGCAUACUGCAGUUGCUUACGAUGUUCCCCAGAACAAGUACGGGGCACAGACCAACCCUUACUUGGGAGCAGGAGGCGAAUCUGCAUACUCAGCCACUCCCACCAUCGGGGCUCCCGCUAAGGUAGCUUGCCCUCCUUCUGGGUCCAAUUUGCAAACCCUGCGCAAAUUUCCAAAUGUUCAGAGCUUACAAAAUUUAAAUUUGUCCAAUAUCAAUAACGAUUCUCCCCGUGCAUCUUACUCUUCUUCGUCGUCAUCUACUACUUCUUCGUCGUCAACGUUGAUAAUUCCAGAAAUAUUUAAACAGGAUGCUGCAAAUCCACCCCCUCCUCUUCCUCAAUCUCCUCCGCCAAAACAGAGCGACACCGGAGCUCUGCAGCCUCUCGCCUAUACUCAGAAGCCUUACGGAGGCUAUCCACCACACCCACAUACUUACCAACAGCUGCCUCCGUCUGCUCUUUCAGCACCACCGAAGUACAGCAAUGGUAAUUUUUACUAUCAUGCCUCUUUAAACUCAAGCGCAGAUUCGUCAUGCUCUUCACCAUCUCAGAAAACGUUUCCUUCAGAUAAUCAAAACUUUUUUCCGCACAAAGAAAUGUGCAGCAGAAAUAUUUCUCCUUGUAAUUUCCAGAGAUUUCCGCCUCCUUACUCUCAUGCGGCAUCCCAGUCUUUUACGAGCGCGAGCCAGUCAAGUAUUAAUUCUUCCCAAACAAAUCCAGCUAACGUCUUGAAUUUAGUAGCCUCUCCUCCGUGCUACGGCAACAUGAAUCGCAAUUAUUCUUUGAGCUCCUCGACGAAUAAUGCAGAUUCAGUGCAUCAUCGAUCAACUUACACUCCACCCGGACCAUGCAACUAUCCCGGCGCACCCGAUGAGAGACGUCUGUCUGAUCCUAACUCGAAGAGAUCGUUCGAACCUUCUCCAGCUCACCAGCCAAUGAACGCCAACACCCGUCCUCUAAAUAUCGCUGUGAGAACCACGUCAGAACGACCGGGUGAUCAGAGGCUACCGGCGGAAACCAGCAACAUGAACAACAAUAAUAAGAAAGCGUCGCCACAAGUUGCACCUCAAAACAAGCACCAAUCCAUCCAACAGAACCAGACGCAGCAAGUUCUUAAGAAGAAACAAAGUCAAGAAUAUCUUGAGAAUGACGACAAGAAGUUGGAUCCACAAAAUCUACCUCCAGCAGUUCCUCCUCAUCAAACUAGUACAACGAAGAACUUGAAUUGUGCAAACAAUAAUAAUAACUUGCACAACAAUAUCCUUACUACGAGUAGCAACCAGAUUUCUCCAAAUAACAACAAUAGUAGCAGCAACGUUCCACUAACGGCAAUCAAGAACAGCAACGUCAAGUGCAGCUCAAACAACCUGAAACAAGCAAGGGAUGUGGUACAACCAGCCUCGCUCAACUCUCCAGCUAAACAACAGAAUAAGCCACAAAUGCAAUCUAUUGUGGCUUCAUCACAACAGCUGCAUAGUCAGAAAUCGCAGCAACAACAGAUGCAACCUCUGCAUUCUUCACCACAACAUCUGCAACAGCAGAUUUUGAAGACUCAUCGGCAAGGAUUCACUCAGGAUUCAUCAUCGGCAUCUGUGAGCAAAUCCCCACCACUCCAUGACACUAACCAGAGUUUAAGUUCACGUGACAAUGGGGUUGCGGCUAGGGAUCGAGCGACUACAGGAUACACAAGGCAAGACUUCUUCUCACACAAACCUCAUAACUAUAAAAACUCAAAUCAAGACUUUAAGACAUCUUCCGAUUACCCAAAUAAAUCGGUUGACUAUAUCGACGCUGAAAGCUAUUCCGCUAAAAAACCUAGUUACCUCAAUAAACCUCACGAUUACCAAAGUAAGUCUCAGGAGUACCUCAACAAGCCUGAACUACCUCCAUCUCCGUGCAAGUCAUCCCAGGAAUAUCACGGACAGGUGUCAGAGCAUCCAGGCAAACCUUACUCAUACAAGUCUCACAUUCCUCGCAGUAGUGAAGCGCCGAACUGUAAUAUUAAACUUCUCGGUUCUUCUGCAACGCCGCUUGGAACGACUGGACCGACAAAUGCUCAUCGGGAGAGAAUUGCUUCGCCACAACGAGUGACUUCUCCAUCUGGAAAGCAGUAUGAUCUACCGCGACUCCAAACUCCUCCUGUCAAGAUGACUGAUUCACGGAUGGAGUAUCAAUGUAAAACCGAUGCUCCUGUUUCCACGAAUGUCAACAGCAAGAGAGAAAAUGGUCAAGUGUUACCCCAUUGUUCUGAUCCGUCGGCGCUCUACGUUCAACAAUAUCCCGAGAGAGAUAAUACUAAAUCUCAAGCCCCUGUGUGGGAAGCAGGGUAUCUAUUGGAAAAAUACUCCGGAGGCCCAUAUUCUCCACUGCCUCCAAUUCACCCUGCGGCUCGAUCAGAAAAAGCCGUGGAUGACCAAGAGUUGAAUGAUUUCAGACUAGGUGGUAACAGUGGUUCGGGAAGCAAAGAUGUUUUAGAUUUAAAGUGCGAAGCAGAAAAAGAGGGCUUGGAAAUUAGGUUAAAGGCAAGUCAUGCCAAAAGGGUUGACGGAGGUGGCGACCAGCCUAGCAUUCCUGCGAACAAAAGCGUUGCCAAACUCUCAGCCCUCUCAUCUGUCUCAGACCAGAUCGAAGUUUAUAACCCAGGGACCACUCAACACUCUCAUGAUUCUCCAGCUCAGUGUCAAAGCCACGGCAGUUCCAUGAGUCCUGAGACGACAGAUUGCGGGUCCCUGAGCAAAAGCAGUUCUGAUGGUGACCACAACAUAAUGAACCGCAAAAGACCACCCACAAAACUCAAGUCGAAGAGAAGAAACCUUCUCUCAUUUCCCCAUCACCUCUCUGUGGAUGAAGUACGACUAAUUCAGUGUCGGGACGAUAGUUACGGAGGCGGCGGAGGUUCAUCGUCCGACGACAACCGCUCGUCGGGCCACGCCAGUAUGUCGGACGGACACACUUCUUCGUCACCGCCUGUGGACACUCUGCCUCGUCAUCAUGAGCAUCCCAUGCGAUCUACUCUCAAGUCGGUACCGGAAGACGAGCGCCUGUCUGCGGGCGUGAUGGCAGGCGGAGUGAGCCGCCCCACGGCGCCAGGCAGGCGAGGACAUCUGCCCCUGAAGGCGGCGCGCUUCAGACCAGGCGCAGGCCCCGGGCUGCUGGCGAAGGAUGACCUUUCUCUGACGCUAGAGAGUGCCACGGGUCUCGAGGACAUAAGACUAGCUAUCGAGCAGCUUACGAUUCGGUCUCAAGGUUCGAGGACGAGCUACUCCACUUCGACAUACUCCUCCAUGUCUGGCUCUGAAGGGGAGAGCAAUCGACGACUUGUACGACACUCGUCUCUGGAAACCAUCAACACAAACGUCACUGCAGCCGAUGAAUUUGUUUGGGUCGACUCGCAUGAUCGUUUGGUCGAGCUACAACAGCUGCCUUGGAGCAACCACGACGUACUGAGAGUGAUCCAGCAGGGGCGUGUACGAGAGCAACUUGACAGAGUUUCAAUCGAAGCUGUGCCCAGGUUAUCGUACCUUCUUCAACGCGCACUUGUCAGAGUGGCGAGGGAAGCUCAGCGACUGACUAAACCUUUAGCCAUGUGCAGCAAGCAAGAAAUUUCUUCUGCUUUCAAAAUUGUUCUGUCGCCUGCACUGGCAGAUUCAUGCAUCAAGUCGUGCCUACGAGCGGGCGCCAUGUACACGGUGUCGGGCGACCACCUCAAGCAGGCCAAAGCGGCGCGUGCUGGCCUUAACCUCUCCGUAGGGCGCUUCAUGCGCUGGAUGUGUGACGUUCGCGUCGGCAAAUUCAUUCACGAGUACGCUGCCGUGUACCUGACUGCCGGCCUGGAGAACUUGCUGGAGGAGAUGGUGCUGCAGUGCUUGCCUGCUGAAGAGGACGAGAUGCUCACAGCCGCUCUACUGGAGCACGCCAUCGCUAACAAUGCUGACUUGUGGGGCCUGCUGCAGCCUUAUGCUCACCUUAAUGCUGGACGCACUGCCACGGGUGCUUUGUGUCUGCCUCGCUGGGCCAGCAGUUCGAGUAUAGACCGCGCUGUGUCUGUGUCGUCGGGCGAGAGCAGCGUAGCUGCGGACGCUUGCAACACGAGCGCUGACAGCUCUGUCAGUGACAGCAGCGCCACCACCCCUCCUGCUGGCACGGUUCCCUCGAGCACAUCGAGCGCUGGAACAUCGUACGGUGCUUCCCUGCCUGCCGCUGCCGGCAUUACCAGCAGUGUCAGUUGCGCGUCUGGCAGCGGCGCUAAUGAUCAUAACUCACGAUGUUCGUCCUCCACGACCCUGACCAGUGAAGAGCACAACCGCGGCGGAAAAACGUUGGAACAGUCGCUGUUGACAACCUGCGUCGGGUCACUGGCUGAACUAAGUGACCUGCUGUACAGAGUAGCAACUCACCACCACCAGACUGUACACGGCGCCUCCUCCACGAGUGCAAGGGUCGUGGGCGCGUCUCCUGCCCAACACCCAAAUUUAGGGUCGUCCUCCUCAGGAGCGCAGUUAGGCCCGUCCAGGCCAGGCUCCUCGAUCAGCAACAGUAGUAGCGGCACUAAAAAUAUCAUAAGUUGGGGACCGUCUGCACUCCAUGCUUUAUUUUACUUCAUGCGCUGCAGUCAACUGGAACAUGCCGAACAUGCGUCCAGCAGAGCACCCAUUCAAGAAUUGGUUUACGAGCGGCCGUACAUCGCUCUGCCGCCGCUGGUGGAGUGGGUGCGGGUAGCCACCGCUCACACCGAGCACAGACACUCCACCGUCGUGGAUAAAGAUGACGUCAUGCAGGCCGCCAGACUCCUACUGCCUGGAGUGGACUGUCCUGUCAGGACCAUAGGCUACGAGGAACUCAUGUGCCCCAGACGUCAGCUCGAUGAACUGGAGUGCGCUCAGAAAUUCAAAGUAGACUUGGCCUUCAAGAUGCUGUCUUGUGGACGCACUGAGCUCCUGCCGCAUGCUCUACAGCUCCUGCCUGCCACCAAAGUGAACACCGUUAAUGAGUACGGACUCACGCCACUGAUGUUGGCCUGCAUAAGGGGAGAUGAGGCUCUCGUCAAGCUCCUACUCAACGCUAAUGCGGACGUCGAUGCAGAAACUCCACCCACGGGUCCAGCUUAUCUCAUGGCCAACCCUGAGACACAACAUUGGACUGCUCUGACGUAUGCAGCAAUACAUGGACACUACAGCCUGGCGCAAACGUUGCUUGCUAGAGGUGCCAAUGUCGAAGGCGGAGCAACUUUGUCCGAAGAGAAAUGCACUGAAACUCCGCUCCAGGUUAGCGUCGCUGCCGGGCAUGUAGACCUUGUGAACUUGCUGCUGUCCUGCGGUGCAAACCCUUACCUGUCAACUCUUAUGAAGGAUUCUUUGUGUUAUUCCGGCGCUGCGCAGCGCGGUUGUUACGCUGCCAUUGCCGUAGCGGCAGCUCACGGCCAACGAUCACUACUGCACAAGCUGCUGGCACACCCAACCCUACAGAGCGCCAGUGCAAGGGAAGUCUUAUCGCUGGAAGAAAUUCUCGCUGAGGGGGCCAGCAGCCACACUAAUGACCGCGAAAAAAGAAGUCGACCGUCAUCAACCCCUCAGAGCUCAGGAAUUAACUCAGGAAGCGUGACCAUGUCAAGCUGUGGAGGGACUUACAUCGGAGACGAUCCGAGAAUUGGAGGCAAGGGCAGUAUAAAUUCAAGCUCAUCCGAAAUCUCCCAAGGUUUGAAAUUGACCAAGCAGCAAGUGAAGACUCUGCAAGAAGCGAUGUAUCACUCGGCUGAGUCUGGGCACUUGGAAAUGACCCUUGACCUACGUAACUUAGGAGUGCCCUGGACCUUGCACUGCUGGAUGCACACGCUUGCCACGGCUCACGAGCACCGACUGGAGACAAUAAUUGAUCAGCUCUUGCAAGAUUUCCUGCAGGUCUGGCCAGAUGAUUACUCUGCUCAGUUUGUUGAUGAAUGUUUGCCUCUACUUUUCACCAUCUUCAGAUAUAGCAAAAACGAAGGAACUUCCUUGUUACUCGCCGACAUCUUCUCGUCUUGCUUCGGCAAAGAAGCGAUCAAAGAAGUUCGUGACACGUCGGUGUCUGGUGGUGCCCGCAUCGACAUUGGUUUCGUCAACAACCCGGAACUCUCGGACGUUCAAUUUAGAGUUGAAGGACGAGUUUUCUAUGCUCACAAAAUAAUUCUGGUCAAUGCGUCGCCACGCUUCAAGCAGAUGCUCAGUUCCAAGUUUUGUGAAGGCAACCCCCCAAUCGUGCAAAUUCACGAUAUCCGAUACGAUAUUUUUGAGCUGGUGAUGCAGUCGCUGUACAAAGGCGGCUGUCGCAACCUAGCCGUGGAGCAAGGCGACGUACUGGAGCUGAUGGCCGCAGCUAAUUUCUUCCAACUAGACUCGCUGCUUCGCUACUGUGAAGCAAAAUGCUCCUCGCAAGUUCAUCUUCAUAACGUCGUCUCCAUGUACAUCCAUGCCAAGGUGUACGGAGCGAUGCAGUUGCUGGAGUAUUGCCAGGGUUUCCUGCUGCAGAACAUGGUCGCCUUGCUCACGUAUGAUGAUUCUGUGCGUCGCCUCAUCUUUGGUAAGAAGCUGCACAAUCACGACGUUCUGGCCGGCCUUCUCACCACCCUGCAGAGUCGCAUCAAGGCGCGAUCCUUCCCUCGAGCUGGAAAAAACUGAAACAAGAAACUUUAUUCAAAGCGCGCAAACUUCAAGGUGAUUUUAAGAGUUGGGUCGUUGUUCCCAAACUAGUGAACUUAUAAUUUCAAAUGAUAAUUACACGAGUUUGGUGUAUAAUGACUCGACUACAAUGUCUUUUCCAACACAUAAUGAUCUAAGUUUUUCUGUUUAAUGCCCGAAACGGUUAGUUCUUCUUAACACCCAAAAUUUGAUUCGAUUCGGUAAUUUUAGUUUAUUAUUUUCGCGGCAUUCUUCCACAAAAUUUUUAUAUCCGUGAAUCAAUCAUAAUCCUAGUAUAUUGUGAUGUCAAUUUAAAAUUUAAUUCCUCGUCUUCAAGUUUCGGAAAUGGGCAGAUACGUUAUCUGUGAAGUGCAUUCUGUGACUUUAACAACUGUCGACAUUAGCGAAUUCUCCUUCCUCUCCGAUUAAAAAUUAUGAUUAAAAUUUAUUUUGGCUGACCCAAUUCUAGUUGAAUUAUUCAGGUCAAUUUGACACAUGCUCAAGUUUUCGGCUAGUCGGAGAAAGCUGGAGAAGCCAUUUUAUUCCAUAAAUAUUAUAAUUACGCAUUCAAUCAGUCAAGUUUCAUUGCGUAUGUAAAAGCCUUAUUCUUGUCUUAUUCAAAGGAUAGAAUCUGAAAAGAUGACAUACAAAUAAUUUAAACGGACGAUCAAUUUUAAGUUGAAAUAAAACGCUAGUUCAUUACAACUUAGAUGUGCAAGACAAGUAAUUCUGGGCUCAGUUAGCGGGAAAUAAAGUAAAUGCUCGCGCUUUUCUUCACCUUCUCUUCUGGCAGGCGGUAAGAAAAUUUGUCCUCCCGUUCAUUUAAAUUCAGCAGGAGUGUUGCGGUUAGGCUUGGGUAUGAUAAAGAUAAAAUAUUCGCAUUAUAAAUAAACAUUUACAGUUUCAAAUAUUAUGUGAAUUAACGCACUUGUUUAACAGUAAUCUCUGUUUAGAUGUGUAUAAUUUGUGGAUGCUAAAGUUGUCUUGCAUGUACUAGGGUAAGACAGGCCCAUAAAUCUCAAUCAUCCGAGUGUAGGCUGAUAAGUACACUUAUUUGCUCCGAGUCUGACUUUGUACAAUUUCUGAUCUUUUAUUUUAGGUGUAGGUGAGGCUCACGAACGUUAUUUCAUAGUCAAGCCAGUGCCAAAACUGACUAGCGUGUAUCUAACACCAUUUAAAUACAAAAUUGCCGAUCAAGGUUCAACUUCAAAGAGAAACUUGCGGUUUUAUUUCCAAGUUAACUUAGGAAAAACUCUGCUGCAUUGUUCAUGGAAAUAUACUGCUGGAUUGUUUCAUUAACAAGAGUAGCUACUAUUGCUUGCAGCCGGGGGAGCCGAGCCAGCUGAUUCUCAGGGUUGCGUUUGUACAUUAUAGUCUAGACGUAUACUUUUUAUGUUACCUAUUGCUUAUCGCGGCAGCGUUUGUUGGUGUUAUUGCUGUUAUUGUUGGUAACUGUUAAUUAAAUAACUUAUACCGAGAGUUGAUUCUAUUUCGUGGCAACCAAUGGAGGUUAUGCAAGUAGCGGCCUGUGUGAGCUUAACGGCAAUCAAUUCGGUAUUAUAAUGUGUAUUCUAUUAUAUAACGCGCAAGUAUGAGGUCGCUGAACAUUAUUAUUUCUGCACCUUGAUUCAAUACAAUAUAUUCGCUUUGGUACUGCAAAAUAGAUGCAUGAUCAUUAUUAUAACUGAUUUGCUCGUAUUUAUUCCAAUAAAUUAUUCGGCAAGCUGAAAUUUGGGCAAAAAAAAGUUAAAAAAUUAACAGCCAAGGCAGAAUGUUAAGUUCCUAACGUUUCCCCGUUUCUCAAUAGGAAGAAUGUCCUUCAUUUACGUUGAAACGUAAACUCAAUGGACCCAUGUGUAAAUUUUUAAGUACAGUAUAUACCUCUCGUCAUGGCCCAUGAGGGCAUUAAACUUCAUUUCAAUACAAACAAACAUAAAUCGCACUCGUCCAUGUAUGUACUCAUUUCUAAGAUGAUGAAACUAUUUUGCGAUCAACAGUCCAUCGAUUGACGAUUAUUGGUUGUACCGUUGUAGAUCGGUAUUCAGUAGAAUUCUUAAUUUUUCAACAGUUUAACCCCAUAAGUAGCUUAUACCAAUCUUCGUGCACUAGGUUUUGCACGAAAUUAUUCUGAGCCAAGAAACAAGUUGCCUGCAUACUUUCUCAGUGCGACCGCGAAGAAACGGUCUGUCGUAUACAACGUUCCGUUACUUACGGUAUAAAAAUAAUUGACCACAGUCGAGUAGGACUUACUUGAGAAAUUCGAACGUAGAACUUGACGUCUAUUUUUUGUACGUUGCCGAAACAAUUUUAACUCAAGGCUCGCUGCACUUUCAUCAACGUUGGAGUAUAUAAUGUAAACAUGGCUCAAAAUUGUAGAUUCAUUACAACUCGUGUAGGAAUUAGUUUUAUAUGUUCUCUUUAAAUGAGUUAGCGGUCGGGAAAGUAUGUAAUUAAAAUUCAUAGUAAACUCA